ACAAGUUGCUACAAUGUGUCCAUGGCAUAUUAACCUUUCAUGUCCUUUAAGAGAUAAUCCUGGUUUUCGCGAUCUCUACGUUGAAAUACAACGGUAUCGACCAUCAAAUAAUGUAAUUAAAAAUGAUGCAUCACAUUUUUAUGACCAGUUGUUGUCAAAACAACAAGAGGAUUCUCGCUGGUUUAUUGAAAUUACAUGGGAAGAUGAAACUAAUACAUUAACAAAUUUGUUUUGGAUGAGUCCGGAACAAAUUUUGUUAUGGUAUGAGUUUGGUGAGUCAAUUGGUCAUGAUAACACAGCGAGUACCAAUAGGUACAACAUGCCACUUUCUUUGUUUGUAGCUCAGGAUGAUAAUAUGCAAUCUCGUAUCAUUGCUCAGGCUUUGGUCAGUAAUGAGACAGCUGAAACAUACCAAUGGGUCCUUCAAAUGACAAAAAAAGCCACUAACAAUAGAUACCCCAACGUUUUUGUAACCGAUG